AUGUCCAAUUCAACUCCAUCAGCUACAACAACUACUGGUUAUAAUUCUUCUCCUUCAUUAUCUCCACAAAGAAAAGUUUCGCGAUCUGCUCGUUUGUGCCAUUCAUUUAGACGAACAUUGAGACGUAAUAGUCCUGGAGGGAAAAAGGCGUUGGCACAAACAGAUUCAAAUGCAUCAGCACCGACCGCUCUUUUAUCUUCAUUGGGAGAACAACAACAACUACUAAAUUCAGAUUUGAACAAAGGCUCUCAAAACUCAGUUCUAAAUGCAGAAUCCCGCCUUGCCUCUUCUGAAACAACAAAAAAAGAUGAGUCUGUUGAACAAACGCCGGAGAAGAAGCAACAACAAAAACAACAAGCUGAUGAUAAUCGUCGCAACAGUUCCUCGUCUCCGUUGUCUCGUUUGUUUUUUUAA